AUGAAACUUGAUAUUAAAUCAACUAUUAAAAGACUUGUCCGUAAAUGGACCACCAAAGAUGGACUUCUAGGUGAUUAUGAUUAUAAAUAUUUAUUUACCCCAGAUAUACCAUUUUUAACAAAAGAACCCAAAACACAACCAUUUUUUGGAUUAGAUUCAGAUAUGCCAGUUUUAUUAGGAGCAAUAUUAGGAUUUCAACAUGCUUUAGCAAUGUUAGCAGGGGUUGUUACAGUUCCAAUAAUGAUUUCAUCUGCUGCUAAUUUAAGUAUUGAAAUGCAACAAUAUUUAGUUAGUACUUCAUUAAUUGUUAGUGGACUUUUAUCAUUAAUUCAAAUUUCAAGAUUUCAUAUACCUAAAACGUCAUAUUAUUUAGGUACUGGAUUAUUAUCAGUUGUUGGUACUUCAUUUGCAACAAUUACAAUUGUUACUAAAGCAUUACCUAUAAUGUAUCAAGAUGGUACAUGUCCUGUUUCAGAUGAUGGAACUCAAUUACCUUGUCCUGAUGGUUAUGGGAAAAUUUUAGCAAGUGGUUGUGUUUGUGCAUUAUUGGAAAUUUUAUUAUCUUUUAUAAAUCCAAAAUUAUUACAAAAAAUUUUUCCUCCUUUAGUUACUGGUCCAGUUGUUUUAUUAAUUGGUAUUCAUUUAGUCGAAAGUGGAUUUAAUGAUUGGGUAGGUGGUUCUGGAUGUAUUGGUGAAACUUGUACUUAUGGUAAUUUUACUGAACAAUGGGGUGAUGCAAAAUUUAUUGGUUUAGGAUUUUUAGUAUUUGUUAGUAUUAUAUUAGCUGAAAGAUUUGGGGCACCAAUAAUGAAAAGUUGUGCUGUUAUAUUUGGUUUAUUAAUUGGUUGUAUUGUUGCUUCAGCUGCUGGUUAUUUCAGUUCAACAAAUGUAUCAGUUGCUCCUGCUGCCAGUUUUAUUUGGGUUCAUACUUUUAAAUUAGAAGUUUAUGGUCCUAUAAUAUUACCAUUUUUAGCGGUUUAUAUUGUUCUUAUGAUGGAAUGUAUUGGUGAUGUUACUGCAACAAGUGAUGUUUCAAGAUUGCCAGUUAGUGGAGAAUUAUAUGAAUCUAGAAUUCAAGGUGGUGUUUUAGCUGAUGGAUUUGGUGGCAUUCUUUCAACAUUAAUGACAAUAACUCCAAUGUCUGUAUUUGCUCAAAAUAAUGGUGUUAUUUCAAUUACAAAAUGUGCUAAUAGAAAAGUUGGUUAUUGGUGUUCAUUUUUCAUGAUUGUUAUGGGAAUUUUUGCUAAAUUUGCUGGUGCUAUAACUUCAAUUCCAAAACCUGUUCUUGGAGGUAUGACAAGUUUCUUAUUUGCCCUGGUGGCAAUUAGUGGGAUUAAAAUUAUUUCAACUACUGAAUUUACAAGAAGAGAUAGAUUUGUAUUAACUGCAGCUAUAUUACCUGGUUUAGGGGCAACUUUAAUUCCAGAUUGGUUUGAUAAUGUAUUCACUUAUGAUGGUGGUAAUAAAUCUUUAAAAGGUUUUUUCAAUGCCAUUGUAUUAGUUAUGGAAACUGGUUUUGCUGUAACUGGAUUUCUUGGUGUUAUUUUAAAUUUAUGUUUACCUCAAGUUCAAGAUGACGUUGAAGAAAUUAAUGAAUUGGUUUUAGAAACUGUUGGUUCUGCUGAUCAAGCUGCAAGAGAUGAAUUCGAAAAGAAACAAGGGGUUGAUUUAGAAGUCUUAAGAAGUCAAUUGAGUAAUAAUAAGCAAAAUGGUGGUAAUGAUGGUGUUAGAAAUGUCAUGGGGACUUUAGUUAUUGAUUCUUCAAGUGAUGGAAUUCCUGACUUGAAAUAG